CUUUUGCGGUACAAAUCCGAUGUGGGAAAGUUUGCUUCGGUCGCGGCUACUGCUCUGUUGCUGCGGCUUUUGUGUAACAAAACCUCUCUCUUCAACUUCAUCAUCGCGUUGCUGCAAGCGUUCCGUUCCGCUGCUGCUGUGCUAGCCUUCUUCGAUUGAGAACGUCGUCGCGGUGCGUUUUUUUCCUCCGUUUCUCAGAUGCAAAUUUAUUGUGCGAAGUGCGGCGAAGAAAAUUAGUUGUUUUCGCUAUAAUCGUCGUGGGGCAUCUUGGCCCAGCUUAAAGUGGUUUGGAACCGUCUGAGAUUCAAAAUGUUUCGCUUAACAGGUUGAUCAAAACGGGAAAAAUCUAAAAGUGUAUGCUGGAAUUUGACGAUUUUUCGUCCGAUUGGUAAGAGUUUACGGAAUAAAAGUGAAGAAGAAAUAGAAGAACAGUUAAAAGUUUUUGCUUACUGUGCACGUAUUUUGUGAAAAGAAUCGGAGUGAAGUUAAAGUUUUAGUGGCAAAUCUGAUUGGCAUUGAAACAAGCCGGAAAAUCGAAAUAACCCCAGUUCCUAUAUUGGAUAUAUUCUUCAAAGCAGCUUGAAACUUGCGCAGAGAUUCGCUCACAGUACGAUGGUAUGUUCCGAAGUCGAGGAAGCACAGUGCGUCAUCAGGGAUCCGCGUUCUGACUCCCAGCAGAAAAGAUUCAUCAUCAAAGUGCGAUCGCAUUAUACGGUGGCUCAGCUUUACAACGAUGUAAGAUUGCAAACCAUUUUCCCGGACUUUGAGCUAGUGCUCCCGACCAGCGAGGACACAUCCACCACUGACGGGAUCACUUUGCACGAUAAAAAGCACCGAAAAUUAGCAGAUGUAGGUAUAAAGUUUGGAGGUCGUAACAACCUGAUUAUCAUACCCAGAGUGGAAGAUUAUUCAUCUACGGACAUAACAGUCGAGACGGAGAUGUCUUCCGAUGAUGAUCUGGUUCUAGGAGCAUCAGCAAGCCCAAUAGAAUCGUCAAAUUAUAAUAUGCCUGCCCCGCCGCCACUUCCAGCACCGUUCGAAACGACGGUGCCGCUGUUAGACACACAGAGCUCCGUGUCACAAUCACGGCUACGUCGCUAUAACGGAGAGCACUCGCAAUAUGCACAGCGCAACUAUCGUGGUCUAGUAAAUCAGGCCAUGACAUGCUACCUGAACAGUCUCCUGCAGGCACUUUUCAUGACGCCGGAAUUCCGCAAUGCGUUAUACAAUUGGGAGUUUGACGGAGAAGACGAGGGAAAAUCCAUCCCCUACCAGUUGCAAAAGUUGUUCGUAAAUUUGCAAACCUCACCAAAAUCUGCCGUAGAAACUACGGAUCUGACGCGUAGUUUUGGAUGGGAUUCCGCAGAGGGUUGGCAACAGCAUGAUAUCCAAGAACUCUGUCGAGUCAUGUUCGAUGCCUUAGAGCGGAAAUUCAAAAAUACCAAACAAGCGGAUCUAAUCAAUCGCUUAUACGAAGGUAAAAUGAUCGAUUAUGUCAAAUGCUUGGAAUGUAACACCGAGAAGCAACGCGAGGAUAAAUUUCUCGAUAUUCCACUACCGGUGCGACCUUUCGGAAGCAUUGUAGCGUACGAAAGCAUUGAAGACGCCAUGCGCGCAUUCGUCCAGCCCGAAAUACUGGAUGGUAACAAUCAGUAUCACUGUGAGACAUGUAACAAAAAGUGCGACGCCCAUAAGGGACUGAAGUUUACCAAGUUUCCUUAUAUUCUGACGCUUCAUCUUAAGCGGUUUGAUUUUGACUAUCAAACGUUUCAUCGAAUCAAACUAAAUGAUAAAGUUACCUUCCCACAGUCAUUGAACCUGAACAACUUCAUCAACGCCGUCCCAACGCAUGGUGUUGAUAAAUGUGUAUCUGUGGGGGCGGAUACAGCCAACGGAAAUGGUAUUCCUCCGAUGCAAAUGGAAACGGCGGAAAAUUUCAUGAAAACAUAUGACGAAUGCAGCACAACCGACAGUGGCUCUGCUCUGGAGGAGGAUUCUUCCUUCCAAAACGGUACUUCUGUAUCAUCAACGACAACCACUCCAAACGAUCAUUUCAUGAAUCAGGAUGAUGAUGAAGGCAUCGAUAUGGACUUGAAUGGAGACAGUAAGUCACCGUCAGUUAGCAACUUCAACGCGCCAGGUCCGUAUGUUUAUGAACUUUUCGCAAUCAUGAUUCACUCCGGCAGCGCUUCUGGAGGACACUAUUACGCGUACAUAAAAGAUUUCCAAAGCAGUAAUUGGUACUCGUUUAACGAUCAAACUGUGUCGACGAUUACUCAGGAUGACAUUCAAAAAUCGUUUGGUGGUGGUGCUUCGAAGACAUACUACUCUGGUGCGUACAGUUCCAGCACCAAUGCGUAUAUGUUAAUGUACCGACAGGUUGAUCCAUCGAAAAAUAAGUCCCCUAUAAAGGAGGAAGAGUUUCCAGAUCACAUAAAGAAAUUGAUGUCGAAGAUCAGGGAGUCGGAAGCUGGUCGCAGCAGAGUUGAUACGGACGCUAUUCAAGUCAAAGUUUACUUCGAUAAUCCCAAAACGCGGGCCAUUAAACACUAUAAAAUGUACCUGCCAAACGAAAGCACCUUAGCCGAAACACUGAGAGAAGCUUAUGAAGUGCUAAAAGUGAAGGGUAUUGUUCCCAUCGAACGCUGCCGCUUGGUCGCUUACGAUCACCAAAGGGAAAACAUUGAAAGGAGUUUCGAAGGACGAGAUGAGGAAACGAUUGAUGACAUUAUGAAACACCUGCAACAGAGUAGUGAACUGCUGCUGGAAACUCGCGCAGAGCACGAAGUUUUCGAACCCUACCUUCUGCAGGGUGUCAUGACUAAAGUCUAUAAAUUAGAACUCAGUACGCGAGAUGUCGAAGGACCAAUCUCGAUACGAGCUAGCAAGAUACAAAGCGUGCUGGAUUAUAAGAAGAUUAUUGCCCGCAAACUGCAAAUGAAUACAGCCAACAUGAUCGUAGCAAUUAAUGAAUACAAGGAAGGUGCAAAGUUACUGACAGACAACGCAGCAACUCUGGGAGAUGAGGGCUUUAUUCAGUAUUGCAAAGUGUUUGUGACGGUUAACAAUACAGACGACCCUGACUUUAUCGCCAAAUUUAAGGAUUUCGCGAAUCGGUUGGAUCACGUAAUAAGCUUGUUCUUCGUGCUACCAAAUAUGGACACAGAAACACUGAAGAACCUAGCGAUCCCAAGAUUUGUGGCCAAAUCUUUCUCGAGUACGUUAAUGAACGGCUCAGCGGUACAAGAUGUAUCGAUGGUGGCUGUUAACAACGACAGCAAUAGUGAGGAUAGCAGUCUAAGUGAUAAUGAUCGAACGUUGGUAGAGGAUGAUGUGGUACACAAGCAAUUGAAUGGAGAUGUUAGCAAUUUGCAUUUCACCAAUGGUAUCAGCACUAAUGGAUUUGCUGGCAGUGGCACUGACAUCGAGGAAGAUGAUGAGGAAGAGUCAUACUUAGCGGAGUGCCGGAAGAAUUACUAUUUCAAAGUCAGUCCAGUUGAGUACCAUAAUCAAAACUCCGAUUCGGGCGCGGAAGAAGACACCAGUAGCAGUAGUCGUAAUGAGAAAGUAAUCGUGGUUCUAAUCGAUAAACGAUCAAGUCAUGGAUUCCUAAAAUAUAAGCUGCAAUCGUAUCUGCGUAUACCAAUGGAGUAUUUCAAGUUGUUCAAGACCGCUGGUGUUGGGCAACAGGAGGCUACAAAUCUGAAAGAAGAGUUGAAUGUUUACAACGAUGGCGAACGACUCACUAUUGAAUUGGGCCGAGUAUUGCGCAAAGGUGAAUACAAGAUUAACUUGUACUAUUUCAACGUGAACGACUUGACAGACGAUACUGAAAAACUUCCCUUUCUCUGUAACUGGUUUGUUCGAAACGGAGAGCUGGUGGGACAAAUAAAACGGGACAUUCUCGCACAUCUCGUUUCCAUAGAUAAUAAGUACAGCACACUGACUUUUGAUCGUUGCCGGUUGCGUAAGAAAAGCUGGAAAAGCAUUUCUAAAGUGUUCACAGACGAUCAGAAAAUCGGUACGGAUGUGUCGCUAUCCAGCACUUCUGACAUGGUUUUGCAAGAAGUUGACGAUCUUGAUAGUUGUACUCCUGUACACUUUAAUGAUAUUGUGAUUCUAGUUCGAAGAUGGAGUCCAUCUGAAAUGAAGUUAGGGAAAAUUCAAGAAAUCUUAUUCCCAGAUAAAUCAGAACUGAAAAACCUCCUGUCUCAACUAAGUGGAAUUCCUGAGGAAAACAUUGAAUACGCCAAACUACAACUACGAGACUCUGUCUCUGUGAUGCAGAUCCAUAAUAUUCUACAAUGGACUUCUACACCUGCUUUAGCCGCUGACAGUCUAAGCAAUAACUUCCUGGAUGGUAAUAUGUUCUACUACAGAGACAAAACGGAAGUGCUAAAGGAGCUGACACCCGAGGAGCGCAAAGAGCUCACUAAAAAGGAUAUUCGAAGCAGUAGCACCUACUCACCACGGCGGGAGCGCGCCCUUAAGAUUUAUGUGGACGCUUCCCCGAAGAAGGUCGAUGACUGAUUGCAGCUGCUGGAAUGCAGCGAUGCUAAGCGGCGCAAGUGUUGCAUCUGAUUAAAAGGGAGAAGCAGAAGCCUGAGCCAGUAGGAAAAUAUUGCAUGGCAACCGCAGCAAAAGCAGCUUUUCGAAAAAUGGUAAUUUAAGCUUGCCGCACACGCCAGUAAGUUAGAUUUUGUAUCAAAUGUGUCCAGAUUUGUAUAGAACAAUACACUGUGAGAAUCAACCGGAAAACUCACCUGUCCAAUCAAAGCUAACUAUAUAAGCCCGCUACUUGUGACAAAUGAACAGGUUCCUUUUAAACGGAUAUUUGUUUUCCUGUUGUCUUUGUUCGAAAUGAGGAAAUCUUUUAUAGUUGAGUUGAUUCUAUAUUUUUGUUGAUUGAUGUGCGGGCAUGAUUCGAUCGUAUUCUGUAGUAUUUUCAUUGUUGCACAAAGGUUAUCAUCGUACGUAAUCUUCUCUUUAGUUGUCAAAUUUUCACGUUUCAAACAGUUAAUGGGAAUUUCCAGUCGAAAUCGCAAGUAUGUACUUGUAACUGUGCAUAGGCCUAUAAAAAUAUUUAUUUAUAUCAUAGUAUUGUCUACGUUUACAGUGUAAACUGUCCUAUUUCAACACGCUCAUAUCAUACUCAUAACAUGAUCAAACAGUAAAGAUUUAUACAUUGAAAUAUCGUAUUCAUAUUUGUGUUUUUUCACAUGUGAUGGUGUAUUUUCACAACUUACCUGAUUGUCCGACAAGCUAGCCCCACAUGCUCACUCUGGUUCUGUCAUUCUUCAGUUCAAUCAUCAAUUUUUUUUUUUGAAUAUUAUAAUUAUAUUGACUUUUCUAAAUUGCGGAAGCAUGCAAAAAGAACGUAAGAAUAAAUUUAUUUCUUGCUCUAAACAUA